CUAAUAGAAUUUGCCCAAAACUCCACCAUAGUGUUUGAAACCCAAAAACCCUCCCAAACCCCAACCCAACCCAAAAGGCCAAAAUUAUCUUCAUCUUUUAUUACAAGCUCUGCUGCAGUGAUAUGUUAAUGGCUUCUGUCACAACCUCCCCUUUUCUUUCCACUCCAGAAUUUUGUGGAUUAAAUAGAAGCUUAAGAUCUUCACAAAGGCAGAGAUGGUGUGCUAGGAGAUCUGGUCACGGGACUAUAUCCGCCAGCAUUGUUCUGAAGCCUCCUCCUUAUGAACUGCAUGCUCUAGAACCACAUAUGAGCAAAGAGACAUUGGAGUAUCAUUGGGGAAAGCACCAGAGGAAUUACGUCAAAAACCUAAACCAGCAAAUUGAGGGGACCGAAUUAGAUGGAAUGACAUUAGAAAAAAUAAUAUCGGCUUCAUACAACAAAGGAGAUAUUCUUCCGACUUUUAACAAUGCAGCACAGGUUUGGAACCAUGAGUUUUUUUGGGAGUCUAUGAAACCCGGUGGUGGUGGAAAGCCUUCUGGUGAACUAUUAGAAUUGAUUAACAGAGAUUUUGGCUCAUUUGAAGGCUUAAUCAACGAGUUUAAGUUAGCUGCCACUACUCAGUUCGGUUCUGGGUGGGCAUGGCUUGCAUAUAAAGAGCAUAAACUCGACAUACCAAAUGCUAGGAAUCCACGGCCGUCAGAGGAGGACAAGAAGCUUGUUGUUGUGAAGAGCCCAAAUGCAAUUAAUCCUCUUGUGUGGGAGUAUCAUCCACUCCUCACUUUAGAUGUCUGGGAGCAUGCAUACUACCUCGACUUUGAGAACCGUAGGACUGAUUAUAUAUCGACUUUCCUCAAUAAGCUUGUAUCAUGGGAAACGGUUAGUUCCAGGCUUGAAGCAGCCAAGGUUCUAGUAGCAGAGAGGGAAAAAGAGAUGGCAGAAAUUGAUGCGGUCGAUGACCUGGACACAAUAGAACCUGAUGAUACGGAUAUGUAUUUUGAAAGUGAAGCAGAGGAUGGUGAAGAUUUUAUAGAUGAUGAUGAAUGAUGAUCAAUUUUGCUUAGAAAUAGAUAUAUUAGAGUUGUCAAGUUAUGUAAUUGCAUCUUUAGUAACUUGGGUUAAAAGAUGUUUGUAAUGCCUAGAAAAUUAGAAAUAGAUACGAGUAUUAGAGAUGCUAUUAACUGGAAAAGACGGCAUGAUAUGAUUCUAUAAUCUUAAACCUGAUCCUUAAUUUA